UGGCUCUUUUGCCAUUAGAAUUAUUGUCUAAAGGCGAAGAAAGAUGCCCAACGGAUUUACUUUACCAGAUGGACCAUCCCAGCCUUGCCGUAAUGGUCUAUUUGAUUCACCUUUUAUUGUUUAUUUUAUUAUUAUUAUUUUGAACUAGUUUUUUCAUAGUUUUCGGUGCUUUUGCUUGCUGUUAAUUUCGAACCAGAACCAGUGAGUACCACGUGAGUACAAACCUCGGUGAACACUGCUUAAUUUAAAUCAUCAUGUCAACUGAGGAAGGCAACGAUAUUAAGAAGUCGCUGGAGUUUAUGACAGAGGAGAUUUCUGCUGUCAAACUGCAGCAGAAAGCCAUCCUGGACCUGGUCGAGGAAGUUAAGGCUCUCCGCAUACAGAACGCAGAGAAGGAUCGGUGGCUGGCGUACCUGGAGAACAGAGUGGCGGAUUUGGAGCAGUACACCCGGAUGAACGAUGUCAUCAUCACGGGGCUUUGCAUCAAACCCCGGUCAUACACCCGGGUGGUCGCAGCUGACAAUGUAGGAGGGCCAGGAGAGGAAGAUGUCCAUGGAGCUUCAAGUGGUUACCUUUCUAUGGUCCAAAGGUGUGGAAGUGGAUUAUAACAACAUUGAGGCUUGCCAACCUCUACCCCGAAAAAACGACAGUGACAAACCAGACAUCAUUGUGAGAUUUGCUAACAGAAAACACAAAACAGCACUGUUAAAACAAGGAAAGAAACUGAAAGGAUCCGAUGUCUUCUGAUAAAAAGAAAUGCGGACAUCGCCAGGAAAGCACGUUACUUGAAGAAACAGGGAAAAAUUCAGAAUACAUGGACCACCAACUGUAAAGUAUUCGUUGAACUCAAUGUAACACCGGAACAAGCCAAAGUGUUGGUCAACAGAAAUAUGGAGGAGCUGGACAAAUACUGAGGUUCAACUUACACUGGAGCUAUGAAUACACAUGUGACGUGACACACAACACAACACAUGGCACAGUCUAAAAGAACUUAAUCUGCAUCCGGCAACAAUAUCACUAUAACUCAUUGGAAUUCUGUUUAUGAUAAUCUGGAAAUAAAAUCAACGACAUAUGUAAGCAGCAAUACAUGAAAACCACAAGACACACCAUACGAGCUAGUUUUUUGGCACUUUUUACAAAGAUUACAUUAAUUUAAAGAUAAACAUAUGCAGAUGCCCAAACCCUAACAACACAAACACUACAAAAAUGUAUAUUAGUACCACCAGAUUUUCAUAUAAUUGCAUUUAAAAGUGUACUAAAAAUUCUCCUGUAUGACUGGAAAUGAAUCCUGGGAUAUGGUGGGCCACAAAGGAUACACCCGACCCAUCUUUCAAAUCUGGGGAAAAGUAGGACGCAUUUGUUGCCACAUGUUGAGGAUGAAUUUGGAAAGCCUUCAUCACGUCGCUGUGACAUAAUUGCCUACAAAUACUGCAUUGAAGCAUCAUUCCCCUGAAUUUGGACACAGCCCUCCUCUCCUGGAGCAGCUCACUUUUCUCCGCCACCUUCUUCUCCAUCAUCAUCUUUUUUGGUGUUUGGCAAACAAGGAUGUGGUGCUUUGCUGCCACCAACCAUCUGGCUUGGAGUGUGGAUCAUUUGAACUUAUCAAAUAAUCAAAAAUGUUAAAAACCGAACCAAACAAAAACGUUAUAAAUUCCCCUCUUGCUCCUGUGGGUGGUCUAUCCUUCAAUCUCAGGUCCUCUACCAGAGGCCUGGGAGCUUGAGGGUCCUGCACAUCCUAGCUGUUCCUAGGACUGUGCUCCUUGGGCAGAGAUCUCCGAUGUUGUUCCUGAGAUCUGCUGGAGCCAAAUCUGCUGAUGCCACAGUAGAUUUCACAUUACACGAAAAGAAGAACGGGGAUAGGGCAUUUAAUUUAAACUCACAUGAAGUACAGACUUACAUUGAUCAGUAAUUAUGUACAAAUAUACACAGAUGCAUGAAAGAAUACAGCCAGUCAAACCGGGGUAGCAUUUGUGGUCGCUGAAAAGGAUCAAUGAUGGACAGUUUACAGUGUAGCCACUGUGAGUACAAGAAAACAAUUAUUACAAUAUAAUGUGUUAAAUUUGCUUAGAUGAGAGUGUAGAUCAGAGCAAUAUGGAAGGAUUUGUCUGUGUGUUUUAGUUUGGCUUAGCUAUAGGCCUGAGGGUGUGUGUAAUUUUGUAGAGGGAAAGGAAUUUAUUGACACUGGGGGUUUGCCUGUCAUAAAAGGAGACUGGAAGCUACAGUGGAGGAUGCGGAUGCUGAUGCUUUAACCUGAAUCUAAUAAACGGUCACAAUUGUUAUAAACUUAGAAGUAGGUUUGCAGGAGACUCUCGACCUUAUCUGUAAAUGUAAGACAACAAGAGGCCAAUGACCCAGUGGAUGAAGAGUGGGGGUCUCAGUGUUUGUAAUAUGUUAACUCUGUUUUGUGUGUUGUCUAAAGGAAUUUGGUGUAGCUUGGGUGAGGAGAUUACUUUUAUGACCGGCAGGAAGUCACAGAUACAGACACACACACAGUGCUUCGACUGUUACGACACACCCACACCUACACGCACACUCACUCACUUGCACCCACACAGACACACAGGUACGUGCACACACAGGCACUCACGUGCUCGUGCAUACACACACAGACACAGAGUUUGCAGCACACCAUGGGGGUUUUCUGAUGGGGUCACUUCUAUAAAGCUGACUGUAACAAACAAAGGAGUGGAAGAUCUGCAGAGGGACACCGGCCUUGCACAUCGCCCCUUCUAGAAGAUGCAUGCUUAACUGAAGAUGAACAAAGGUUUUGUGAAAUGACUACUGAGUCCGGUGCUGUCUCUGGAUGCCUCGAGGACUAAAGAAGAACCAGGGUGAAACUGUUUCGUAACACCACUCAGAAAGUAGAGCAGAUGUACUAACAGAGGUUCAGCAAACAUUUUACAAAAUACAUAUGAUUGGACUUACAGUUGCCUUUUUAUGGAUUCCAGCUCACUAUGGAGUCAGAGCAAAUGAAUAGACAGAGAGAGCUGCGAAGGAAGCCACAACACAUGGGGUAGUUGACCUGGCUAUUAACUUCUGUCAGACAGAAACAAAGAGUAUCAUAAGGCAAGAAAUGAAGAAAAGAUGGCAAAAACAGUGGGAGUAAGAAAGGAGGGGACUGUCAUAUACUGGGUUGCCUGUGUUGAGCGGGUGGGCAUUGCGGUUUUAUGCCACCCUGACAUGCUUUGCGGCAGGGCUGUCUGUGAGCAGUUCUACUCCUAGCUGCUGCAACCUUUGUUGUGCUGUUAUAACCCAUGCCAGAUAUACGUUCAAUAAAGUAGCAUCAUAAGAAAACUACAGAGUGGUCAUUUUACAGGGACGAUGGUUGUACAUGAUUCAGAUGAGAGGAGGAGAAAUGAGAAGCACAAGAAGGAGAGGAGGUGGUCAUACCUAGAAUAAGAUUUGGAUAUACUGGUUUGAACUCUACACUAUUCAUAACAGGGAAAUAUAAUACAUGGAAAUGUGAUUCCUGUGGAGAAGAAGAAACUAUAGAACAUGUUAUAUUACAGGUAGCAGUAGCAUAAAAAUGAAAUUAAAUCUCAUUGAUUUACUGCAAAAAGACUCAUGAAGUGGAAGUGAUCAGGCCUUAUUCCAGUUUUUAAAAGAGAGUAAAUUGUUGCUGGUCGACGUUCCAGUUCAAUCUCCAUACCAGUUGGUGGCGGUAAUGCACCAUUUUGUUAUUUGCCAAUAAUAUAAAGAAGAAGAAGCAUGCUCCGUGGUGAUAUGCCGUACACAGUUUGCACAGACAGAGCUACUUUUUCAUCCAAAGCGAAUAAACUAAUGAACUUAGAGGAGAAAACAAACUAAACUAUCGAUCAUAUACCACUGCCAACGUUUGGAUCGAUAUCUGCAUCGAUCUGCCCACCCUUGUCUCCUGGAUCGUAGCUGAGAUCAGCGUGAACCACGUGGGUCUCUGCUCCCUGAUCUGUUUCCUGUGUUUGGAAAGAGUUCCAGCUUCAUCACGGAGUUUCUCUCGGUUUGUGGGCUCAUCUAAAGCUGAUCAGCAGGAGGAGAAGAGUCUGACGGAGCAGCAGAGGAACAUUUUCAGCCAUCUGGACUCAGCUGAGUCACUACAGAGGAAACAAUGAGCUCAACACAGAAGGACCAACAUGGAGCGAGAAGUCAGCGCUCUCAGGAGGCCGACAAACCUCACAGAAGAAUGGGAGAGAAAAAACACAGCUGUGACGAGUGUGGGAAGGAUUUUACUGGGAAGGCUAAUCUAAAACAGCAUCAGGUCAUCCACACUGGAGAGAGACCGUUCAGCUGUGACUUGUGUGGAAAGUCUUUUUCCGUGAAGGGUGGACUAAAACAACACCAACUCAUCCACAGUGGAGUUAAAGCAUACAGCUGUGAUCAGUGUGGCAAACGGUUUAUAAACAACACACUGUUACAACGCCACAUGUUUACCCACACUGAGGAGAGACCUUAUAAGUGUGACCUGUGUGAGAAGACUUUUAAAGCUCCACGUUACCUGAGACAACACCAAGAGUUCCACACCAGGAAGAGACUCUACAAGUGCAGUUACUGUGAGAAGCAGAGCGACACAGAUGGAUCCAGUUCUCAACCCUGUCGUCACUGUGGGAAAGAGUUUCGUUGUGACCUUUGUGGAAAAACUUUCAGCCAUAAAAGGAACCUAAAAACACAUCAACGUAGACACACUGGAGACAAACUGAAAUACUGCAAAGAAUGUGGGGGAAGUUUCACCACAUCAGUUGGAUUAAAACGCCAUGAACUCAUUCACAGUGGGGUUAAAAAGAACCUCUGUGAUCAGUGUGGGGCAUCCUUCACCACUGUAAGUCACCUUAAAACACACAAAAGUGUCCACACAGGAGAGAAACCAUACAGGUGCAGACACUGUGACAAAAGCUUCUCACGCCCAGGUCAUCGUAACAAGCAUGAACGUACACACAUGGAAGGAAACUACAGCUGUGACCACUGUGACAAGAGCUUCAGGAAUCUCAGUUCAUACUCCACACACAAACGAUCCUACGUUACUAAUAAACUGUUUCACUGUUACCAAUGUGCCAAAACAUUCACUAAAUUAUCUGCUCUGUGCAAACAUCAGCGUAAUCAUUCAGGGCUGAAAUCACUCCCAUCACAGUGAAUCUGAAGAGACAGAAAGAUCCUCUGGUUUUAGGGUCAGUUGGAUUUAAGUCAACCCUUGCUGGUCAAGGCAGAAAUCGUUACUGAAAGCAACUACACAUACACUGUUCAUGGUGGUGACCUCUCAACUACAUUUCCAGUCACCUCAUAUAGGGCAUGACCUUUUAUACAACCAACAUGAACAAAAGCAGAAGUGAGAAGUCCUGCUAAACUCAACAAAAUUGGAACUUGUGGUUUCUUUAUAGCGACUAGACAGCUUCCUCCAUCUUAUGCAUUGCACAAAGCUGCAUUCUAAUAAGAAAAUAUUUUAAUCAGCACACAUACAAGCAAUGGAAACUUUCUGAAGCUGAAAAUAAAUCUUCUAAUCGUCUAGCUCUUUCUGCAAAAUGACAACCAUAUUAGGACACAGAAACAAUAAAAGCAUGUGUCUCUGCACAAAUGACAAUUUCAAAAGCAUCAACUCUAGCAAGGUCAGACUCAAAACCCUUGAGAUCAGGCUCCACAGAGUUUAGAUAGACUCUCCUGUAAAGAUCUGUUGAGGCAGCUAUGAAUGAAAAUGUUCUGUUAUUUACAUUUUAAGCUUUUUAGGAACACUGUUCUGCUUCAGUGUUCGUGUUGAGUGGUUCGCUUUGUUCCAGCAGUUGGAUGAAGAAAUCUUUUUUCAUGUUAUCAAGUUUUUCUUUAUUUAUGUAUGUAUGUAUUUUGAUCCAUGUGUUCUGCAGAUGCUAUUUUGUUCACAUUGUUU